AUGAAAAUCCUUUCUUCAGAUUCCCAUGCUGAAAUAACUCAAAGGCGAAUUGACAUAUUCCUCCACUUCAGAGCCGGUAGUUCCACGAGAUACAAGAGGAAGAACGGAACAGGCUCUGUGAACAUGAUUCAGGAUGAUUUGCUACAUUUCAGCAAAGGGUUGUCUGCUGGAGAUCAUUACCUAGCAACUUCCUCUCCAAGUGUCACAGCCCUCAUCUCCUUAGCAGCCACAGCCACCAAAGACCCAGAACAGAAGUUCCUGCCACCGCAGCCCUUGGCACUAUCAAAUUAUGGCCAACAUCAAAAACUGCCUCAGCAGUCAAAGAAUGACAGCAUUAAAGUACAUCUUCUAGAAUGUGAUACCAAGAAAGGUUUUACCUUACAUUCUUCUGGGGAAUUUGGAUCUAUUAAGGUGCAAAACAACUCCCUCAAGAUCAGAUGUGAUGGUUUUUACCUGUUAAACAUGAAGGGGUUCUUUUCUCGAACUCCCCAAAUUGACUUUUGUUAUCGGGAUAAUGUCUGUCUUAAGUUAUUCUCAAACUUCUCCUCCUACCAAUAUGUUAGCUCUGUUGCUGUGAUCUACCUGAGGGCUGAAGACUUGAUCUACCAGAAAGUAGAAGGAAAUACAUCUUGUGACAACUUAGUGAAUAAUUCUGUUGAAAUAAGCCUCAUUCAACUGACUAAUGAUGAUUUCUGCGUCGAAUGA